GCUGCACGACACAUACUGGAGCACCCACCCCUGGGCUGAGAAGCUCACUUAUUGCCUUCGCAUCUCAGUGCUGCCCCGUGAGUUCCCCCACCCCACAGGGUUUGAAGUGAGGCUGACUGGUCACACUGAAGAGCAGCAGUAAGGAGCUGGUGGGGUGAAGGAUGCUGCGCUGGAGGACGUUGUGGACUGCUACAGCCCUGUGCAUGGUACCUUUGCUGUGGAAGGUUUACCAGUCUAUGUGCCUGGGGCUAGGUCCUGCGACCAUCUCGGUGGCCAAGUCCUGUGGCUGUGCCAGCUGUAUUGUGGCACUCAACAGCUCAGCCUGGUUUAAUGAACGGUAUGAUCCAGCGAUAAGUCCUCUGCUGACAAAACACACUGCCAAGAUCACCCCAGAUGUCCUUUUAUGGUGGCUGAGGCUUCAGGGCUCAGAGCGCAGCGCCCAGCUCCAGGAAAUACUCGCGCACGUGUUUGAUGUUCUGCCAUCUCCACCCAUGGAUGCUCGGCCCAUCUCCCGCUGCAGGACAUGUGCCGUGGUGGGCAACUCCGGGUGGUUGAGGGGCUCCCUCUACGGGCGAGCGAUUGAUGCCCACCACUGGGUUCUGAGGAUGAACAGGGCGCAGACUGUCGGGUUUGAGGAGGAUGUUGGAAUGAGGACAACUCACCACUUUAUGUACCCAGAAAGCGCCGUGGACCUCCAGCCUGGGGUCCACCUGGUGCUAGUCCCCUUCAAACCACUGGACUUGAAAUGGGUGACAAGUGCCUUCUCCACGGGGGAGCUGCGCCACACAUACAGACGAGUCAAACAGUUCGUUGAAGCCGACAGGAGCAAGGUGCUAAUCUUGAACCCUGCUUUUCUCAAAUAUAUCCAUGACAAAUGGACACAGCAUCAUGGGAGGUAUCCGUCCACUGGCUUCACAGCAUUGCUCUUUGCCUUGCACACCUGUGAUCAGGUUGCAGUAUUUGGCUUCGGCGCAGACAGCAGUGGGAACUGGCACCACUACUGGGAAGGAAACCGUUACGCAGGAGCCUUCCGCAGAACCGGCGUGCACAGUGCUGAUUUCGAAAUAACCCUCAUCAAGAAACUGGCAACUGAAGGAAAAAUCUUCUUCUACCACUAGGUAAAGGACCUGAUCCAGGUCUCUUCAGUCACUGCUGUCUCACACAUCAGCCUAGAGGUGCAUCACACUGCAGGGCUUAGAACAUAAGAAUGGCUGUAUGGGUCAGACCCAAGGUCCAUCUA